CGGGGGGCUCCGGGGAGCGGCCGCGGCGGCGCCGCCGGAAACGGCCCGGAGCGCGGCCCGCGGCGGCGCUGGCGUUGGCGGGCAGGGCCGCGGGGGCGUCGGGGCGGCGGGAGCGAUCGCGGACGGCGGGGUGGCCUCGGCGGCCGGGAGGAACCGUUUCCGGGGAGAUCGCGCCUCUCCAGCCGGGGCCGAAUCUCCCCGGGAACUCGGGGGCCCGGCCAGCGGGGCGGCCAAGUUGUGGAGUUAGCCGCGGGCUCACCGGCCCGUCCGUGCCGCCCCUGUGCCGAGCGGCGUGUCCCCUGAGCCGGCUGGGCACGGGUGGCCGGGCCGGGGGCGCGCCCCGCUCGGCUGCCCCUGGGCCCCGAGUCCCGGGCGCUGCUCGCCGCGCAGCUCUCGCUCCUGCUGCCCGGGGCGUCCUGGGCGGCGCCGGGCGCAGCUCCCCGCCUCUCGCCCGAGUGCCUCCCUGCGCCGUGCUCGCCGGACUCGGGGCCAGGAAAAGUGAAUAGGGAAAGGGGCCGCGCUGCCCACCCCAGACCCCCAGGCCCGGGCCGUCGGUACUUGUCCUUCCCCUCCGAGGGCGAGGCUCCCAGGACCCGAGGCCUCAACCAUCACUUUACCCCUGAGCCAGAAACCCGCCUCACGUUUCGGAGAGUGUUUGGAUUGUGAGCAAUUUCGGAACUCUGUUCUCAGGACCCAUUAUUUUAACCUUUGGGAGAAACAUAUCCAGGAGAUGCAUACUGGACUGAAGAAGGAGUGGGGAAUCUGAAGACUUCAGAUGACAGCAGAGCUACUUCUCAGCAGCCUUCUCAAUUUCCUUUCUCAGAAAGCAGAGACCCAAAUUUUGGAGAUAGGUGAACACUGAUAUUUGCGUUUAAUGGGGCACAAAAGAUGAAGGAGGAGGAGCAGUAUAUUCACUAGGGACUCUGUCCACUUGCUGCUGCAGACGUGUGUGUGAAGGAAGCCUUCUGCUUCUCCCCAGGAGCUGAUCAGCUCUGUGGUCAGCCUGCACUCGGGUGUGCUUGGCUUCUCUCUCGUCAUUGCCAGCAGAAUUCCUGGACGGAAUGUAAGAGUACCUCUCUAAUUACCAUGGAAGGUGAUAAACUGACACUCACUUGUUAAAGUUACAUCUCAAUCCCCACAGAAACCACUCUUUAAAGUGACUAGAAACCAAGCCCUUGUGAACACUUCUAUUGAACAUGACUCAUGGAGAAGAGCUUGGCUCUGAUGUGCACCAGGAUUCUGUUGUUUUAACUUACCUAGAAGGAUUACUAAUGCAUCAGGCAGCAGAGGGAUCAGGUACUGCCGUCAACAAGAAGUCUGCUGGGCGUAAUGAAGAAGAUCAGAACUUUAACAUUUCUGGUAAUGCAUUUCCCGCCUGUCAAAGUAAUGGGCCAGUUCUCAAUACACAUACAUAUCAGGGGUCUGGCAUGCUGCAUCUCAAAAAAGCCAGACUCUUGCAGUCUUCUGAGGACUGGAAUGCAGCGAAGCGGAAGAGGUUGUCUGAUCCCAUCGUAAAUAUAAAUGUAAAGAAGGAAGCUUUGCUAGCUGGCAUGGUUGACACUGUGCCUAAAGGCAAACAGGAUAGCACAUUACUGGCCUCUUUGCUUCAGUCUUUCAGCUCUAGGCUGCAGACUGUGGCUCUGUCACAACAAAUUAGGCAGAGCCUCAAGGAGCAAGGAUAUGCCCUCAGUCAUGAUUCCUUAAAAGUGGAGAAAGAUUUAAGGUGCUACGGUGUUGCAUCAAGUCACUUAAAAACUUUGUUGAAGAAAAGUAAAGCUAAAGAUCAAAAGCCUGAUAGCAAUCUGCCUGACGUAACUAAAAACCUCAUCAGAGAUCGGUUCGUGGAGUCACCUCAUCACGUUGGACAAGGUGGAACAAAGGUUGUGAGUGAGCCCUUGUCGUGUGCUGCGAGAUUACAGGCUGUCGCAAGCAUGGUGGAAAAAAGGGCUAGUCCUGCCACUUCACCCAAACCUAGUGUUGCUUGUAGCCAGUUAGCAUUACUCCUUUCAAGCGAAGCCCAUUUACAGCAGUAUUCUCGGGAACAUGCUUUAAAAACACAAAAUGCAAAUCAAGCGGCAAGUGAGAGACUUGCUGCUAUGGCCAGAUUACAAGAAAAUGGCCAGAAGGAUGUUGGCAGUUUUCAGCUCUCAAAAGGAAUAUCAAGCCAUCUUAAUGGUCAGGCAAGAACAUCAUCAAGCAAACUAAUGGCUAGCAGAAGUACAACAUUUCAAAAUCCAAUGGGUAUUGUUCCUUCUUCCCCCAAAAAUGCAGGCUAUAAGAACUCACUGGAAAGAAACAAUAUAAAACAAGCUGCUAAUAAUAGUUUGCUUUUACAUCUUCUUAAAAGCCAGACCAUACCUAAGCCAAUGAAUGGACACAGUCAUAGUGAGAGAGGAAGCAUUUUUGAGGAUAGUAGUACACCCACAACUGUGGAUGAAUACUCAGAUAACAAUCCUAGUUUUACAGAUGAUAGCAGUGGUGAUGAAAGUUCUUAUUCCAACUGUGUUCCCAUAGACUUGUCUUGCAAACACCGAAUUGAAAAACCAGAACCUGACCAGCCUGUUUCUCUGGAUAACUUAACUCAGUCCUUGCUAAACACUUGGGAUCCAAAAGCCCCCGAUGUAGAUAUCAAAGAAGAUCAAGAUACCUCAAAGAAUUCUAAGCUAAAUUCACAUCAGAAAGUAACACUUCUUCAGUUACUCCUCGGCCAUAAGAAUGAAGAAAAUAUAGAAAGAAACGACAGCCCUCAGGAAGUACACAGUGAUGUGACAAAGUUCAGCACACAGAACUACACGAGGACUUCAGUAAUAGAAAGCCCCAGUAUGAAUAGGACUACUCCAGUGAGCACUCCACCAUUACUUGCGUCCAGCAAAGCAGAGUCUCCCAUCAAUCUUUCCCAGCACUCUCUGGUCAUCAAAUGGAAUUCCCCACCAUAUGCCUGCAGCUCUCAGUCUGAAAAGCCAACGAAUGCCCCAUCUAACCACUUGAUGGACCUUACCAAAAGCAAAGAAUCACAAGGAGAGAAACCAGUCCAAAAUGAAGGUGCACAAAACCCAACAACUUUCAGUGCCAGUAAACUGUUACAAAAUUUGGCGCAGUGUGGCAUGCAGUCUUCCACGUCAGGGGAAGAGCAGAGACCCAGUAAGCAGAUGCUCAGUGUAAACAUGGAUAAACCUAUAGGUAUGAUUGAUAGGUUAAAUAGCCCUCUGCUCGCAAGUAAAACAAAUGCAGUUGAAGAAAAUAAAGUGUUCGGUAGUCAAGCAACAGGCCCUGAACCAGGACUUUCUGGUUCUGAAAUAGAAAAUCUGCUUGAAAGGCGCACUGUCCUCCAGUUGCUCCUGGGAAACCCCAACAAAGGGAAGAAUGAAAAGAAAGAGAAAAUCCCUUUAAGAGAUGAAAGUACUCAGGAACAUACAGAUAGAGCUUUAAGUGAACAAAUAUUGAUGGUAAAAAUAAAAUCUGAGCCCUGCGAUGACUUACAUAUUCAUGAUACAAAUAUGCGCUUGAGCCACGAAGCUAAGGGUGCCCCAUUCUUAGGUGUGGUUCCUCCCGCGCAGAGAAGCACGGCUGCCUUACCAGCAUCCGAGGACUUGAAAUCGGAGCCCGUUUCACCUCAGGAUUUUUCUUUCUCAAAGAAUGGUCUGUUAAGUCGAUUGCUGAGACAAAAUCAAGAGAGUUACCUGGCAGACGAUCCAGACAGCAGUCACACAAAUAGUGAGCUGACGCUUGUGGAAUCAAAGAGUCUUUGCAUGGUCCCUAAGAAAAGGAAGCUUUAUACUGAGCCCUUAGAAAACCCAUUUAAGAGGAUGAAAAAUAACACAGUCGAUGCUGCAAACAGUCACAGUGCUCCAGAGGUGCUGUAUGGGUCCUUGCUUAACCAGCAGGAGCUGAGACUGAGCAGAAAUGAUCUUGAAUUUAAGUAUCCUGCCAAUCAUGGUUCAGCCAGUGAAAGUGAACAUAGGAGUUGGGCCAGAGAAAGCAAAAGCUUCAAUGUUCUGAAACAACUGCUUCUCUCAGAAAACUGUGUAAGAGAUUUGUCCCAGCACAGAAGUAACUCUGUUAUCGACAGUAAAAAGAAAGGACACAAAAAUAAUAUGACCAAUAGCAAACCUGAAUUCAGCAUUUCUUCUUUAAAUGGACUGAUGUACAGUUCCACUCAGCCCAACAGUUGUGUGGAUAACAGGACAUUUCCGUACCCAGGAGGAGUAAAAACUCCCAUGAGUCCUCCUUUCCCUGAGUACUUGGGCUGUGUGGGGUCUAGACCAGACUCUGGGUUUUCGAAUGGGUGUUCUGUGCCCAGUGAGAAGGGCCCCAUUAAGUGGGUUAUCACAGAUGUGGAUAAGAAUGAGUAUGAAAAAGACUCUCCAAGACUGACCAAAACUAACCCAAUCCUGUAUUACAUGCUCCAGAAAGGAGGCAAUUCUGUUACCAGUCAAGAAACACAGAACAAGGACAUUUGGAGGGAGCCUUCAUCUGCUGAAAGUGUCUCACAGGUUACAAUCAAAGAAGAGUUACUUCCUGCUACAGAAACUAAAGCUUCUUUCUUUAAUUUAAGAAGCCCUUAUAAUAGCCGUAUGGGAAAUAAUGCCUCUUGCCCACACAGCGCAAAUGGAGAAGUUUAUGGACUGCUGGGAAAUGUGCUAACAAUAAAAAAAGAAUCAGAAUAAAGUGGACCUGCUGUCCGGCUUUGGAUCUUUUUAAAACUAAUCAGUUUGAACUUGAGAUCUGUAUAAAUAAGAGCAUGAUUUGAGAAAAGCAUGGUAUAAUUGAAACUUUUUUCAUUUUGAAAAGUAUUGGUUACUGGUGACGUUUAAAUAUGCAUACUACUUUUUGCUUUACGUUACAUGUCAUGAGGAAACUACUGAACUAGCAAUUGGUUGUUUAACACUUCUGUAUGCAUCAGACAGCAACUGUGAGUAGCCUCUGAAUGAGAUUCUUUUAUAAUCACAAAUAACAGGCAUAAAUUAAAAGGUAAACCUCCAUCCAUGGUGGAUUGAUACAUUUUGCUGGCUUUAUUAGGGUACUUUACUUUGCUUUUCAGAAGUUAGCCUACAUAACACAUUUUUUUAAAGUCCAAAUUGUUAAAUAACUCUUUGAAGGAUAAUUCAUGAUUUAAAAAACCUGGUGUUGAUUUACUUCUCAUUAUCCAAUUCAAAAAUAAAUUAGAAAAAAUAUGCUUACAUUUUUCACUUUUGCUAAAAAACAUAUUUAUUUUUAACUCUUGGAAGGGGUUUUGUGGUUCCCAAUGUGUCUGCUCCACUCCAGUCCUUUUCAAUAUAUAUUUCUUUAAACCUUGUACUACUUAUUAAAAAUUACUUACAAUUGAUGGAAGUUUGAUAGAUCCUUAAAAAAAAAAAGGCAGAUUUCCAUUUUUGUAUUUUAACUACUUUACUAAAUUAAUAUUCCUCCUUUUACAGAAUUAGGAAAGUUAACAUUUAUCUUCAGGUGGUUUCCUGAAUAGUUGAAUAUUUAAGAAGUUGUUUUUAAUGAAAGCAAAAUGGCUUUUCUUUGGACAGUUGUCACCAUCUCUUGUAAAAGUUACUUCUCACCAUUUCUGUGGUACCUGUGAGUCCUAUGACCAGGGUUUCUUAAAGCUGGACUCAGACCACCUGCAUUAGAAUCAUCUGGAGCACUCCUUUUAAAAUGCAGAUUCCUAGGCAGCAUCUCAGAUCUACAGAACAAGAAUCUCUGCUAAGCGGACUUUGGAAUCUUCCAUCUGCAUCGUAACACUUCCUAGGUGUUUCUUCUACACACUGAAGUUUGAGAACCAUUGCUUAUGACUUUUCUCGAACACAGCACUAUAAAAAAGCUAUUUGAUGCUUAUAUUUUCCCCAAUACAGUCACACAUCAACUCAAAAUUUGCAAUAUUGUGGUUCAUAUAUUUUCAUUAUGUCUUUGGAAAUCGGGUUCAGAAUACUUUUUAUGACAAAAUAAAUUGGGUGGAGGGGACAACUUUCAUAUCUGGCUCAACAUCUCAGGAAAAUCUGUGAUGAUAUAUGUGUUUUACUGAGUAACAUCUCCUUAAUUAGCCUUAGGGAUGGAAUAACAGGGCCACUUACCAAACUCAGGUGAUUCCAGGAUGGUUUGGAAGCUUCUCUUGAAUACAUCCUUAACUUCUAUUAAAAUCAUUUCCCACAGACAGUGCUGACAAAGAUGGAAACAUUUAUUUCAAACCCGAGAAAGGCACUAAACUCAGAUUGACUCAACAAGAAAGUGCAAAGGGCACAUAUACGUGACAGAAUUGUACUCAGUCACUCCGUCGGAUCUGUUAUUUUAAAAUAGUGAUUAAAAGUGAACAUUGAUGUUGUCUUGCAAGAACUUAAUAUAUUAUUCAGCCACGUGGGGUUUCAAUCUUGAAACAAGUCCAUGUUUUUAAGUUCAGUUUUUACAAUCCACAAUUUAUUCACCAGAUAAUGUUUUUGUUUUUGAUUGUGAACCAGAUUAGCAACUGACCUAUCAAAAAGUUGUUAUAUAAUCAACUAUUAAUUAGAAGGAAAUCUAUUUGAAGUUGUUCUACUUGAAGUUAUUUCUAAGAUUUUUAUAUUAAAAAUGAGCAUUAUUUCCUAAUAUGAUCUGAAACCCUAAAUGAUUAUUUUUUCUCAAAAUGAUUUGUAAAUAGUUACUGGAUAUAUUAUAAAAUAAUAGUCAGGAGUGAACAUUAUGCUACAUCAUGGAGCAAUGAAGACACAUGCUUAUUCUGAAAUGAAAAUUCCACUGGCCAGUGAAUAUAUUCUACUCCAUCCCAUAUUUACUCAGUAACAAUCUUAUUGUCUACACAAUAUAAAUAAGCUUUGAAACAAUUCAUUUUUUUCUACCAUUGUGAAAAGUCUGGAGCCUUAGAGGUAUGCUAGAAAAAAUGUUGGUAGUACCCCUUGGUUAGGGGAAAAUGGGCUUUUACAAGGGAGGGAAAUUUAGGUCAGGGAAAAGAACACCAAGGGCCAGCGGUGCUGUUUUUUUGUUUGUUUCUUUGGUUGGUGGGUGGUUUUGUUAACAGUUAAAGGAAUAAGGAUAUGUAAUACACGAAUAAACAUGAUCACAAAGAAUUCUGUUCUGAUUCACUAGAGAAUGUCCCCAGUUUGAGUUUAGUAUGAUUUUAAAGAAGAGCAAUGAGAAAGGGCAUCCAUCCAUAAAUUCACUUUGUUUAUGCAUGUGUAGAUACAAGGGCACACAUGCACACAUUUUCAAGGACAAAAUAAGAUAUCUAGACGGUUUCUUCCUAAUGAAGUCAUUUGUGAAAGGGUACUACAGCUCUCAUUGACAUCGAUAAGGUAGCAUUACCUGUUUAUUCUCUGCUGCAUCUUACAGAAGAGUAAACUGGUGAGAGUAUAUAUUUUAUAUAUAUAUAUAUAAUAUGUAUAUAUAUAUAUUGACUUGUUACAUGAAGAUGUUAAAAUCGGUUUUUAAAGGUGAUGUAAAUAGUGAUUUCCUUAAUGAGAAAUACAUAUUUUGUAUUGUUCUAAUGCAACAGAAAAGCCUUUUAAUCUCUUUGGUUUCUGUAUAUUCCAUGUAUAAGUGUAAAUAUAAUCAGACAGGUUUAAAAAAUUGUGCAUGUAUGUAUACAGUUGCAAGUCUGGACAAAUGUAUAGAAUAAACCUUUUAUUUAAGUUGUGAUUACCUGCUGCAUGAAAAGUGCAUGGGGGACCCUGUGCAUCUGUGCAUUUGGCAAAAUGUCUUAACAAGUCAGAUCAGAUGUUCAUCCCAACGUGGCAGUAUUCCAUUUCUGGACAUGACUUCUGUGGUUUAAGCUUUGUGAAAGAAUGUGCUUUGAAUCCAAGGGUCUUAAAACUUUUUAAAAUCAAGUCAAGCUCUUUUCAACAUAAAGAGUUCACACAACUACUUUCAUGAAUUUUUUAAUCCCAUUGGAAACAUAAUCUUAGACCAGGAGUAUUCCAGCAUCCUGGAAUGCAGGCACAUCACCAUUCAUGGUGUGCAUUCUGGGGUUUACACAACCAAUUUUGAUGCUAUCUGCUCUACAGUAAUAUAAUUUGUCAUUUUUAUUAGAAAUUUAAUUUCUUCAUGUGAUGUCAUGAAACUGUACAUACUGCAGUGUGAAUUUUUGUUUUGUUUUUUAAUCUCUUAGUGUUUACUUCCUGCAGUGAAUUUGAAUAAAUGAGAAAAAAAAUGCA